AUGGCGGUCAGAGAGACGAUGUCGGGUUCUGUAGCGACGGAGAGGGUGAAACGUUCAGCCUAUGGAAUGUGGCGACGGUCGUCCUGUUCGUGCUUGUCUAGCAUCAGGCUCCGGCGACUGUGUUUCAGCGGGCUCAUGUCGUUUCAGCGGGCUUCGACGGCGACGACGUUUAUGCGGGCA